UGGCGGAUCGGGGCUGAUUUUAGCUAAAGGAAUAUGAUGGUCGUCCGGUAUCGAUCCUAGAUUAUAUAUAAGGUCUUUGGAUUCUAUGUCUGGUUCAAGAAUUGAGUAUUCGCCAUUGGAACAUAGCCAAUCGUCUUCCAGACAAGGUAGCAUUAACCCCCAGAGUAUCUGCUAGUACUUACAAUAUUCGUAGGAUUCCUAUUUCUAUGUAUUUCCUUGUUUUUGUUCUUCUUUGAUACCCUCCUUCUCGGGGUAACACUAUAGCAACACUAUACGUUAUCUACUAUACAACAUGCCUGCAAAAAUUGAACCCCGCUUUGCUUCUCCUGUUCAUAACUCCAGCCACUCUACCCUCUCUUCAGAUUUCACCGUGGUGGCGGUUUCGCGCUCGCAACCGGUUACCCAUGAUAUUCACUCACAGCCGACGCUCACAGCUAUCGUUCGAUCGCCUUCGACGACUCCGUUGGUGCUCACUCCUGAAGAAGGUAUCGAAGGACAUAAGUCUGCCGUACACGAUGCGCAGGUAUACGCAUUCUUCGCCCAUCAUUAUGAUUACUGGACGUCACGUCUAAAUAUAGAGCGGUCUGGAUGGAAUUGGGCUUUCUGGGGAGAGAACUUGACCUUGAAAGCGCCAGACGGGAUUGAUGAAUGGAGCAUCAACUUAGGAGAUCGGUGGGUAUUUUCGUCCCCUGACGAUGACGUGAACGGCAACCAUCGGGGAGUUCAAAAUAAAGGGGUUAUUCUCGAGGUUGUAGGGGGGCGGAGUCCGUGUUCACGGCUCGCGUGGCGAUGCGGACAGCCGAGUAGUUGGCUAGCCGAGGUCGCCAAGUCCGGCUUCUGCGGUGUCUACCUGAAAGUCGCGCGCGGAGGUUCCAUCGCACCCGGCGCCACGGCGAAAAUCAUCCCGAAUAAUCAAGAAUACACGGUUCCGGCCGGCAGCAUCGCCCAGUGUGUAUUCUCGCCGCUCAGGGAUCCCGCUACUCGUACGUUAGCAGAGCGUAUCCUGCGUGUGCCCAAUUUGCAAAAGAUGAAUAGACAGAUCAUCGCUCGCAAGCUAGGGAUGAUUGAGGAUAACGAAGCGGCGGGGAAGAAUCGAUGGGCUGGGUGGCGGUCGCUAAAGGUCACCAAUGUGGUUGAUGAGACUUCUACUAUUAAGUCUUUCUAUCUAAAAGCCAUUGACGACAAGCCCUUGGCAUCCUAUCUCCCGGGACAAUUUCUCACUGUAAAAUUGCCCUCUGGCGACAUCCGCCGCUGGUCUAUUUCUUUGUGGUCGCCCCCAUCCUCUACCUCAGUCCCACCAUCUUACCGUAUCACGGUUAAGAAAGGACUAGCUGCGUCUCGUUAUCUUCAUUCCAAUGUCCUAACUGGGGACACGAUAUUAGCACGCUCACCAUCUGGAUCGUUUGUCCCUGAUUUAAGCCAAAACUUCCCCCCUCGACAGAUAUACAUCAGUGCUGGAAUAGGCAUGACUCCGAUCCUUAGUAUGAUUCAAGCUCAUUUUUCUCAUCCGGCUUUGAAGAAAACACCUGUAAUCCUGAUCCAUGUCGCCCGGAAUGGUGAGCAAAAUACCUCUCAUUUCAAAUUUGAACUCUCAUCAUUCGGUCUAUUCCGCAUGAUCACGUUUUACACAUCUCCUAUUGCUGGUAUAGACGUCCAGGGCAGAGACUUUGACUAUACAGGGCGACCUACGUUCGAUUUCUUUGCCGAGCUAUUAAGCCCAUCGUAUUUUAUCGAUCCACUAUCAAUCACUCCCAUCGAACUAGCGGGAAACGUCUCUAACGCGUAUAUCUGCGGUCCACCGGAUUUUGUAGAUGCCACGCGGGACUACCUUGGACGCUGCAAAGUACCACCGCCGGCUAUUCGUUACGAAACUUUCUCGUCAAAUUCGGAUUUCAAACUUGACGAUCUAUUAGUUUCGGCGGCGGACGGGACAGAACUACCAGAGGAUUCAAUCGUCCAGUUUCGAACGAAAAAGGUCAAGUGGAAGAAAGCUGAAGCACUCUCACUUCUUGAGCUCCUCGAGCGAGAUGGUGGAGGGGACCAGCCAGAAUCAGCGUGUCGGGAGGGCGAUUGCGGGACUUGCGAGGUAAGAAUCUUAAAAGGGGAAGCUCGAGUUUCGAAGAAUGCUGGUAAAGAGGCAAAAGAAGCAAGUGGAAAGGCCGGGACUAUGAUUAGAUCGUGUUGCUCCUUUCCAGCAAGCAAGCUUCUAGAAUUGGAAUUCUGAAAUACUACAUCAUAUUCUAUCACGGGGGUCGCAGGACACAACGUGAUACACCAGAUGCCUUUGAAAUGGUCCGAAUUACA